UUCCGGUUUAAUAUAUUUACUUGUCCAGUCGUUAAUAAUCUGUGAAACUGUAAACAAGACUUUGUUUUUCUUAACAAAUUUAUAUUUAAAGUUGCAAUUAAGUGCCAUGAAACUGCAUUAAGAUAGGAGACAGUUUGGUAGUUUUGACAUGGAAAUCAGUGAAGGAGCGGGGAACAAGAGGAGGAGAUGUAUAAUUUGUGCAGCAGUUAUUUUUACAAAUUUACUUCUUGGUGCAAUUAUAAUCACGACUGCCUUUGUUGCGAUGAAUAAAAUGGAAAAAGAAGAGGCGAAAAAGGAAACAACAACUACUGAACAUGAAACUACAGGCUGCGGACCAUUCAACGUAACGUAUUCUGAGUCUGCUCCAAGUUUUAUAGUUUCGGAAACGUCUUCGUUUUAUAGCACUGGGUGCAAAAUAAGUGGCAAUUGUUGGACAAGAAAACAGUGUUAUGAUUGUCUUGAAGGCCCUAACAGAGAUAGAGUCGGGAAUCUCAACCAUAUACCUGUGUGCUGUCCAGACUGUGCGAGAUACGGACUUUCGCUGUCAUGGUCCAGCUGUAGCUGUAAUAACCACGGACUCUGAGCUUACAGAUGUUUUUAGAAAGAACAGCAGUGCCAAAGGCUCUUUUGAUAAUAUAUCUUUAAGCGCAUUUGUGACGAACAAUAGCACAUAAAUUCAAAUUUAUCAUAUGAAUAAAAUGUUCAUUUUGUAUCCAUAAGCUAAAAUAUUUAAAUAUUAUUUUUGAUUUGAACUUAAAUUAAAUUUCUUGCAUACA